AUGGCCGAGCCGACCUGCAGGCCCAACCCCAUCGCGACGCUCAUCCGACAAGGAGCCGAGGAGGCAGGCCGUUUGCAAGGCAGCUCCCGAGCGGCCACGAAGGUUCAGCGGAUGAUCAACAGCCUCCAGUGGCGACAGGCACACUCGAAGGACGAUAUCUAUCCUCUACCCCUGGAAUCGGGGGUCGUUCUCGAGUUCCGGCAGCUGCAAGCGGGGGAGGUAACCGGCCUCGGGACCGGGGCGACCGUUUGGCCCGCGGCGCACGUCCUCGCCAAGUACCUCGAGCGCAGGUUCGGUAACGACGGCGGGGGCGGAGGGCGACGGGGAGGGAUGGAAGGACUUCGAGCUGUUGACCUUGGCGCCGGCACCGGCGUAGCGGGUAUCGUGGCGGCGGCGUUGGGCGCGGAGGCGUUUCUGACCGACCAGGAGCAGCUCUUGUUCCUCAUGCAGGAGAACGCGGACAGGGCGACUGCGGAGCGAGAGAAGCAGAAGGCGAGUGAUGCCACGACCGCCGGUGUUGCUUGCGACGGGGUAAGAGUGCUGACGUACGACUGGGGCAAGGAUGACGCAAGCCUGUCCCCCCCGGUGGACAUCGUCCUCGUGUCCGACUGUGUCCUCCCGAAGCUCUAUCCGAUCGAGCCCCUCGUCGACGCCAUCGACCGACUUUCCGGCCCCGACACCGUUACCAUCAUGUCCUACGAGCAUCGACAUUACCCGGAAUUCGACCCCCGCCGGAGGUUCGAGGAACUGGCAGCCGCGAAAGGCCUCGUCAAAACGAUUAUCCCGCAGGCGCGACAACAUCCCAUAUUUUCGGCAGACGACAUCGAGAUCUGGGAGGUGCAGCGGCGGCGGCAGCCACGGCAAGACGGAGCUUCUUGCCAAGCAAACGAAACAAGCUCCGCAGCUACCGAGGGCAGCACGCAAGCAGAGUCGGUGUUCGCAGAGAUGCCGGCCAACGAGAAUGAAGUGGUGAUAUUCUCUUCUCCGCCUACAACGCCUCCCUGUGAUUCGUCGCGAGAAGACGAGACAGCGGGGUUGUCGGCGACGGAAGCACCAGGGGUCGCAGCAGCAGGGGCUGCUGAGGCGCGGACGGUGGUGGGCAUACUCGGGGAGCGGCACGAGCUUACGCAGACGCCGUCCGGAGUGCUCGGGAGUUACCUUUGGCCUUCCGCCGUGGUCAUGGCGCGGCAUAUCGUGUCCACAGCCCCCGGAAUUGCUGCUGCAGUUUCACACGCAAGAGGAUCCAGCAGCGAUGGGGGCUCCCUCGAGAACUGCAGUGUUGGGCCGCCACCUUGUGGGGAGCCGUUGCAUCGAGAUCCCGCCCGAGUAUCGGCUCUGGAGCUUGGGUCGGGGGUGGGGCUUGUGGCGAUGACGGCGGCGCUGCUGGGGUGGGAGUUCGUAGCCUCGGACAAGGCCGACGCGUUGCCGCUGUUGGAGCUGAACGUGAAGCGGUGCGUGUCGUCAACGAAACGGACGUGCGCUGGGACGGUGGACGUGAUGGAGUACGAUUGGGGUACGGACGCGAAACGUCUUCUGGAGGGUAGAAAUAGUUCCGGCAGCGGCGAUGGCACCAGCUACGAUCUGGUGAUCUGCGCGGACUGCGUCUACGCUAGUGCGUCGGUUGAACCUUUGCUGGCGAGCCUUUGCCAGGUAUGCGACGACAACACAGUCGUCCUGGUGACCAACGAGCUGAGGUCGGCGUUCGACGAGUUCGUGCGAGGGGCGAGGGUGCUAGGCUUCCAGGUAGAAGACGUGCACGUGCCCGAGGCUCAGAUGGUGGUCGACGCAUCCACCAAUCAGCGCCCCAAGCCUGUCGCUCUCAAGCGCUUGCGGCGAGGACCACCGCAGCCUUCGCUUAUCCCUUGACAAGGGGAUGGUGGCCACGCUUCAGGAGGGACGUGUUUCGUGGGAUGGGGACAAGAAAUGUGAAGAGACGAGGAUCCACUCGAUUGCCCCGGUUUCGGCGUGAUCUUGUAAUCCACUCCUGCACUUCCGUGCGCCGUGGUAUGUGUUGAGGGAAGCGGCAAGCAUGUUGCUGCGAAGUUUUAAGCCAUCGGCCACUGACGUUAUUUCGUGCGCCAGACGGGGGCCGCCACCAACAGCAAAGUGUGCCUCGUUGCUUGAGCAAUCUCGCUCCCUCCCGGCGAUGUUUGCGUCAACCAACCGCGGCGCCUACCACUGUGUCUGUCCUCGCUGCUGGACCGCAACGCUGUCCGCGGUCUGCGUGUGGCUUCUUUGCCCAGCCGUGUGCUCGUGCUUGGUUGCUGAACACGUGACCACGUGCUGCCAGAAACCCCUUGGAACGUUUCUCAUGGUCCAGUAGGAAUGCAAUGGAGAGGCACGGCUGUGCUGCGUGUUCCCUCACACCCAUACACGGCUGCUGUGUGUUCGUACUUUGUCGCUGGCCACCCCGCCGCGGUGCGGCUCGAUGAAAGAGCACGGGAUUAUCUGCUGGGAUUUUUGUGGGGUUGCAUUCUGUAUACAAAACGCAAGAGGAAGGAGCAAUACUGGCUUAGGACUGGCUUAGGACACCACGGCACACGAAGCAUACAAAGUAGGGCGCACUGAAUCUGAGUUGGUUGUGUCACAUGAAAUCAUAGUCAAGGGCGCAGAUUGUGCGACCGCAGACGUAUUUUUUCCUCCAAACAGCCUGAGAUUGGCGACAGAGAUGAGCAACAUUUUCGCACGAGCGAAAGAGGCGCAAUCACCUACACAAACCGUCCAGCAUUGCUUUGUAAGUAGAGUUUCGCAACGAGAAAAUCGUUGAAGCCGACUAAACAGCAGUGAAAAGGACGGCACCUUGCACCACAACCCCAAGGUGAUUAUUUUGGUCCUAAUCCAGCGCUAUGGAACAGUGAGCACGGCUGCCCGAACACGAGGGAGCCGGAAAUAGCAAGUACGAUAGAGUCCGCGCAACAAGGCGCAGGUAAUGUUCUUCGGCGGGGCCUUACAAGGAUAGCCAAGGCCCGAUGCGAGUGCUACUGCUUCGAAGAGAAACAAUCACGUACGAUGCAAUUGGU